UACACGUMAUUUUCUCUAAACAGGACUAGCUGAAUGGUACGAGCCAAAUGGUGGCAUGUUUCUGUGGUUGAAAAUAAUUGGACUAAACGAUGCCAAAAAAUUAGUCACUAAUAGAUGUUUGGAAAAAUUAAUAAUCUUAGCUCCAGGAUAUGCACUAUCAGCAAAUCCUGAAAAUCCRAGUCCCUAUAUUCGAAUUUCGUAUUCUAUUGCAACGCCAGAAGAAGUCGAUCGGGGAAUAUUACUACUGGCGGAAGCUAUACGAGAAGAAUUGUURGAGUAAUAUCUGCUAAUAUGAUCAGAGUAUGCAACGUUAAUAUCAUAAAUCAUAAUUAUUAUAGUUAUCUAUUAUCACUACAAAAAAAGGGUUUGUAUGAAUUUGAAAUUA